UACUCACCAAAAAAGACAGGAAAAAGCAGACUUCGUCGUUCUCCUAACCUUCAAAAAUACAGCCAAAAGGUCGACAUUUUGGCGCCUCCGGUUUCUACAAAACUUGCGCUUGGAUAUAAACAAUGCCCAUCGGGUCGUCGUUGACACCGUGAGGCCUCCGUUGUAGCGCGGAUGAUGUUGCGGAUGAAGCCGCCGGUGGGAGCGGGGGACGCGGGCACCGCCGCCGGGGACGGCCGGUGGGAGCGGACGGAGCAUCCGCCCCGCGGCCCCUCCCCGGGCCCGGGGCCGGGGCACGGCCAGGGCAGGUCGGGGAGGUCGGGGCUGGACAAGGAGAGCGUGUUCUCGUGGUUCGGCCUGCUGCUGGAGCCCGCCCGGAGGGUGGAGUUCAUGUGCGGGCUGCUGCACAUGUGCCAGCCGCUGGAGCUGCGCUUCCUGGGCUCCUACCUGGAGGACCUGGCCCGGAGAGACUACCACGUCUUACGGGACUUCGAGUGUCGGGCCAACAGCCCCGGCGAGCUGGGGGCGCUGACGGACGUGGUGGACCCGGUGGUGCGGUCCAAGCUGCUGGUGUGCCUGUCCCUGCUGGGCUCGGACAGCCGGGAGUGCGCCGGGCUGUUCUCCCGGAUCCUGAGCAGCGUGGAUGUGGCCCUGUUCUCCGCGGGGGGUGCGUUCAGGGACCCCCGUGCUGCGUUCAGGGACCCCCCCUGCCCGGGGGGCCCGGCGGCCCCGGGGGCCCUGGAGCAGCUGGCCCUGCUCUUCACCAUGGCCUCCCUGCACCCGGCCUUCCACUUCCACCAGCGGGAGCUGGUGCGAGGGCAGCUGGACAAGAUCGAGCUGGCGCUGGAGGAGGCGAGGCGGCCGCGGCGGCUGGGAGCGCCGGCCCCGGCCACGGGGCUGGUGAAUCCUUCGGGGGACUGCCUGCCUUCCUCAGCACAAGCGUUUGGAGAGUGUGCAGCCUCCCAUUCUCCUUGUCAGAGCCGACGCUCCAGCCGUUGGACAACACAGAGGGAAACUGUCCAUAUUGAAGGAAUUGUUCUCAGGGGCAUUUCUCAGACAGGAACAGACAGGGAAUACAGCUUUGAGGUGGUAUGGUCGGACUCUUCUUCCAGCAGUGUGACCAAAACCCAUCACGACCUUGAGAACUUUCUUCUUAAGCUUCCAAAGGAUCAGUGCACAGAUUCUUUUGAGAAAAGUAUUCUGAGGCUUCUGAACAAGGGGGACCAGUAUGAUGGCAGGGUGCUGGAGAAGAACCUCAGGGAAAGGUUCCUGUCUGCUCCUCCAGUUUUCAGGAAGGCCAGAAAAGUUUGCCGCUUCUUCAACUGUGAUUCCACGUACUCCUCUAAACCUACAUGUUAUCCAUGCAACUGCCCGCCAGCGAAGGUGUACCAAGGAGAUUGCUCUGAUGCCUCCAGUCAGGAGGAAGAGCCGUAUGUUCAGGGCCACAAGAAAAAGCAGGGGUCCAGAAGCCCAUGUCAAUUUUUGUCUAGUGCCAAAUUGGCGCAGGGGGACACUCGCAGGGCGGCCCGCGCUGCAGAGCUCAACGGCCCCGCGGAGAGAAGGAAGAAAAGCUCCGUCCUGCGGAGCAGCCAGGAAGCUGAGCAGCACUACAACUCUGAAAAGAGAAGCCACCCAGUCCCAAAGAUCAAGAGCAGAGUCCUGCCCACAGACAGGGAGAAGGGGAAUGGAAAGGUGAAGUUUUCUGCGUUCAUGACCAACGGUAGUCUGGUUCCAGCCCCGGCAGCUCAGAGGACAGAUGGUGGUUCCGGUCCUGAUACCUGCGGGGAAACGUCGUCGGAGAGCUCCAGCUCUCCGUCCAGCCCUCAGCACCGAGGCCCAGAGAGCCUGGACAGUGAGGACGACAACAACAAAGACACAGACAGCCACUCUGACGACUGCAGCAAAGCUCUGGGUUCUGCCAUGUUCUUCUCCCCCCACCCGGAGCCAGCGCUGCUGGGGGAGGCCUCGUCUGUCCACCCGCUCUGCUCCCUGGAGCCCCUCUGCCCCGGGGCCGGGGCCGGCUCCGAGUUCCCGGCCCUGUCCUUCCUCAGCCCCCUGCCCUGCCUGCUGCCCAACGGGGCCAGUGAGUCCGGCCUUCAGAUGGUUCCCCCUCCCAAGCACAGUGUGCUUCCUGAGGGGAAGCCCCCAGGGCCGCUGGUGCGGGGGCCCCUGGGGCCCCCAGCUGGCCAGAGAGUUCCAGGAGAGCCCGAAAAGAGGGACGCCCUCCCAACGUUUGGAAUGCCAUACUUCGGCGCCCCCCCUCAAGAGAACUUUGCCGUCCGGCCUCUGGUCCAGAGAUUCAAAACGGUUGUGUCUCACGGGCCGGGUGGUGCUGACGGAGCUCUGGGGGGGGAUGCUGCCGCCGCCGCCCCACAGGGGCCCCACGUCAGAGCCUCCAGUGGCCCCACACCUUACUCUCCUCCUGUCCUGCCUUCCCAGGAGCCCUGCCCCCCGCCCUCCUCCUCACACGGGGAGACGUCUCACACCAAGCACCACGGCCUGACCCUGCCGUCCGGCCUGCCCCCUGCCUACAGCCUGCCCGCUGCCGGGGCCCCUGGAGCCAGCCCUGGACCAGCAGCACCUGCCCCGGCUGCUGCCCCCCCGGCCGUGCCCACGCACACCCCCGGCCCUGCCCCCUGCACCCCGAGCCUCAGCCCGGCCCUCACUCACAGCACGGCUCACAGCGACGGCACGGCCUACAGCAACACCACCGCUUCCUGUGGAAGCUGCCCCGUCGCCCCCGGCAACACUCUGACUCUCCAGCAGCCCCAGCAGCAGCAGAUGCCCCCCCAGCAGCCGCCGGUGCCCCCGCCGCAGCAGCAGCAGCAGCAGCAGCAGCAGCAGCAGCAGCAGCAGCAGCAGCUGGGCUGCGGGGCCUGCGGCUGCUACAACAACUGUGGCGGGCGAGGGGGCGGGGCUGGGGGCGGAGCCUCCGGCUGCCAGGCCCCGUUAUUCUUCCAGACCCACCAGAUGGCGGCGACGCGCCAGGUGUUCAGCGUGCCGCCGUCUCUCAUCCACCUCACGAGCCUGUGCAGCAACAACUACCUCACCCACCCCAGCCACCAGGCCAACAGCCCCAGCCUGCCCCCCUUCUACCCCCCGGCCCCGUCGCCGUACCUGCACGCCCACGGCCCUGGCCACGCCCACGGCCCUGGCCACGCCCAAGGCCACAGCCACGCCCACAACCACGCCCAAGGCCACGCCCACAGCCACGCCGAGGUGCCGUCACACAUGCUGGGCAGCCAGGCGGCCGUGGCGGUGGCGGCCGCCGUGGCCAACUACAGUCUCCAGCAGCAGCUGGGACCCGCGUCCUUCUGCCCCCGCGUCUACCCCCAGCUCUACCCCAACCCCAUGGGCAUGCUGUCCGCCGCCAGCCUGGGGGGGGGCGUCAAUAAGAAGAACGGCAACGUCUCUUGUUACAACUGUGGCGUCAGCGGCCACUACGCUCAGGACUGCAACCAGCCUUCCAUGGAUUCUGCACAGCAGGGUGGCUUCCGGUUAAAGUAUGCAGCAUCCCACAUUUCAGACCCACUUGACAACGCUGACUGAAGCCGAGUGGUUUGGGAGGAGUAGUUAGUUUCCACGGCGGCGGUCUCUGUCCUCCAGGUACUGCUGACAGAUCACUGACACGCCGCUCUGAGCGGCUGCAACGCCUCACAUGUGCCUCACACAUCUGGGUCGCUCACAUCACGCAUGUGACUCCUCGGCCCAGACCUUUCAGUUUUUUAAUACUUUUGCACUGAGGGUUGGAAAAAAGAUUAAAUUAUUGCUUAAUUAUUAAAACGUUCAGAGACUGCGGGGGGGGUUUCUUUGUUUUUACAGGAAAGUGAAGACUUUGUAUCAGCUAAAAUGUUCUUAAUUCACUUAUUUCUAAAGAAGCUUAUUUAUGCUUUCUUCUCUUUUAAUGUUCAUUUUUGAUUUUAUUGUCUGGCAGAAUUGUACAGAAGAUCAAUCAAAAGAAGUGAUGUUGGCGAAAGUCAUUUUAUUUUUGUUAUUUUCAAUUUUGCUGAAAGGUUUUGAAUGUACAUCUUCUAACUAAGUAAGUUAUCUGUAUCAAAGUAUCUACAUUUCAUGCAUUUCUGCCAAUUGAUAUACAGAAUGUUUGGUUGGAAAGUUAUUGCUGCUUUGUAAUGUUUUUUAAAAUAUUUGUAUGUUUUGUUUUUAACUUGGAUAAAUGCACUAUAGCAAAGCAAGAACAUAAAUAAGCGCACUAUAACGGCACACGAAGCAAGUGGAUUUAAGGAUUUUCAUUUUUGCUCCAAGUCACCGUAGUAACGCAGACUAAUCAGCAGUUUGCUUUGGUUUCCUGAAGUGCAGACGGUGGAAGUUUUACGUUUCAAGACGAAUUAUAGUUGCAGUAGAAAUACAACUAAGGAGAACAAAAUGCUUCCCUUGUUCCAGAUAAUUAGAUACUUUUCCAGUUUGUAAUCUGUCAACUACCUUUACCUGCUGGAGGUUUCCUCCUGAAGUCAGGUUUGUCCUUCCUCCAGAUUAAGACACAAUGAGUCGUCCAACACUUCUAGAGGGAGUUAAAGCCAUUUUGAACCUCUCAGUUCCUGCAGAAGUUCUUCUGGACGGUGUCUCUGCUCGCCGGACAAACCGCUGAACGUUUGUCCAGCUGGUUCAUGUAAAGCAGUCACUCUAAUCCAGCCCAGCUGAGGUUUAAAUAAAACACAAACCGUAAUUCAAGAAGCAAACCGUUUCCAAAUCCAUUGUGAAAAUACACAAGUUUAUUAAAAUGUUUCUCCUGGACAACUGUCUGUAUACAGUUUUAUUGUUAUCUAUGCAUUUGACUUAGUUUGGAGCAGGAAAGCUUGGUGGCCGAGACCCGCCAUCGCUGCAAAUAAAAGAAACGCUGCAAACAGAAACAAACGCAGCUGCAAAUUAAAGAAACGCUGCAAAUAAAAAGAAACCCCGCUCUCAAAUAAAAUAAACGCUUUGCAAAUAAAAUAAUAAACGCCGCUGCAAGUAAAAAAAAAAACGAGGCAAAUAAAAAAGCCACAACGGAAGUGAAUUACCGGCGUUUUUUACGUGAGAGGAGAAGAAGAAGACGAAGAGGACGUAAGUGAAAAGGAAGAAAUAAGAAGAGCGAGGAAUAAGAAGAACAACAAACGAGAAAAUAAGUGAAAAGGUUAGUGUUCAACGUCGCUACGUGUCAUUUUUUUCAUCUUCUUCUUCUCUCACGUAAAAACACCGGUGCAUCAGCAAAAAUAGUCCCCGGUAAUUCACUUCCGUUGUGGCUUUUUUAUUUGCGUUGUUUUUUUAUUUUAUUUGAGUGGGGUUUAUUUUAUUUGCAGCAUUUAUUUUAUUUGCAGCGGGGUUUAUUUUAUUUGCGUCGUUUUUUUAAUUUUAUUUGCAGCGGGGUUUAUUUUAUUUGCAGCGGGGUUUGUUUCUGUUUGCAGCGUUACUUUUAUUUUCAGCUAUGGCGGGUCUCGGCCACCGUCCGUAGGUGCUGGACUGUGACAUCACUACGGCAGAGCAGCAGCAGCGUCGGGCCCAGCUGGGCCAGUUAGACGAGCUGGUUCAGUGAUCCUCCCUGCAGAGGCUGGAGUGUAUUUCCCGUGCACGGAUGGUGUGGAGAGCGAGGCCCGUGUUCAUUGGCAGUAGGAAAGGACAUGUUAAAACAGCAAAUGUUGGCGGUAGAUGAAUUGAUGUGAACAAUAGUGUGAACGCUGCCUACGGGAUGUUCUCUGGAGCAUCAAGUUUUAGCCCCAUGUGAUCUGAACUCACUGUUUUCUGCAUCGUUGUAUUAACUCUCACUCCUGAGAAAUAACAUUAGACUUUAUAUGGACUUGUUUAUUGAUUAGACCAGGGGUCGGCAACCCCGAACUGUUGAAAGAGCCAUAUUGGACCAAAAAACAAAAAUGUCUGGAGCCACAAAAAAUGAAAAGUCUUGUAUAAGCCUUAGAAUGAAGACAACACAUGCUGUAAGUAUUUAUAUUAGUUAUAUUAUUACCAUUCAGGCAAUGAAUGCAAAUGAUUCGGUCCAGAAAACGUUGAAUCCUCAAUUAUUUUUCUCUUUUUCCCUUUGGAAAUAAUCCCUUUGGCCGGUUUGUUCACAACAGCCUCCUGCCUGGCGCCCCCUGCUGGUAGAAACGUGUGUUGCAGGCUCUGACGUAAAUCUUCUUUAACAGAACUGUGGAAAUUUAAUAUUUAUUCUACACAUUUUUACAGCAUUGGAAAACGUUCGGAAUGUUUGUGUCAUGUUUGUCGUCCUACAGAAACCACAUUAACACAAAAAAUAUAUUUCCCUCCCCCAUCUAUUUCCAUUUUCAAACAUUUUUGAAAAAGCUCCAGGAGCCACUAGGGCGGCGCUAAAGAGCCGCGGGUUGCCGACCCCUGGGUUAAACCAAUCACACAUCUAAUCUGUAUUUUUUUGAAGACAGAACUGGUGAUUAAUACUUGAUUACAUCUUUGUGGAUAAACUUGAACGUCUUUGGAAACUUGAUGUAGGAAACAGCUCUCCUGGUGUUUUAGGAGGUGAAAUUGGAGGUGUUUUUCACACUUAACAAGGGCAGUCUGGGAGUGCCGAGCUGCAGCGUAUUCAACCCCAUAUCCAUAGGUAAAGAUUAGAAAUGAAGCUGCACUUUCAGGUGAAAUAGUCUUUGACACCUGGAUUUGUAAUAAAAUGUUUGUGAUUUAAAGAAGUAUUCAGUCAUAUAUUCUUUUGACAUGUCUGUUUUUCUUUCAUGACAUUUGCCCAAAUGACACCGUUUCACCGUUAGAGCUCGUUCUCACCGGCUCCCUGGAGCUUUGGUCGUUCCCUGAUAGAAAGAGGAUCUUUGUGGUUCCUGGUGUAGAGGGAAUGUAUUGACGUCACUUCCCACUGGACCAAUCCCCUUACUCUCACUGAGUGGAUAAAACAUCAGCAAAAACAGCUGCAACUAGUGGAGAAGACGAGAUAACAGCUGAUUAUCAGCUUAAAUUAAAGUCAGUUGGACUUGACAGUGACCCGUACAGUUACCAAGAACCAGUGUUCCAUGGACAUUAAUAUUUGGUACAGUUACCCCAAGAACCAGUGGUCCAUGGACAUUAAUAUUUGGUACAGUUACCAAGAACCAGUGGUCCAUGGACAUUAAUAUUUGGUACAGUUACCAAGAACCAGUGGUCCAUGGACAUUAAUAUUUGGUACAGUUACCCCAAGAACCAGUGGUCCAUGGACAUUAAUAUUUGGUACAGUUACCAAGAACCAGUGGUCCAUGGACAUUAAUAUUUGGUACAGUUACCAAGAACCAGUGGUCCAUGGACAUUCAUAUUUGGUACAGUUACCAAGAACCAGUGGUCCAUGGACAUUAAUAUUUGGUACAGUUACCAAGAACCAGUGGUCCAUGGACAUUAAUAUUCGGCCACGAAUCCAGUUUCCUGAUAUUUAUAUGAACUUAAUUUCUACGCCGGGGAAAUACACGAAGCAAAGCUUGAAGGCUUACAAAAGUCUUGACGCUUGGUCCGACUUCAAGGCAGGAUUUGUUGUAGAAAUUAAAGUGAUGAGGACACCGAACUUUAUGAUUUGACCGUUUAACGUUAGCUACCCAAAAAUCCAACAUUACCUGAUACUAAAUGGGAACCACAAAUCCACGUUUCGGUGUCUGGAAUCCAGUUGUUUCUGUGAAUUGCAGCGAUCCGUUUGUCUCUCUUAAGAUUAUUUUUCAUCAGUCUGUAAAACGAUAACUCCGAUUUCUUGCUAAAUCUAUGAGUACAGUCGAUCGCACAACAGCUCUUUCACAUUUUAGAUGUUUUCCAGUUGCUCAAACUGAAAGUUUACGCUGACACUCAGUCUUUCUGCCACUCAGUCUUUCUGACACUCAGUCUUUCUGACACUCAGUCUUUCUGACACUCAGUCUUUCUGACACUCAGUCUUUCUGUCACUCAGUCUUUCUGCCACUCAGUCUUUCUGCCACUCAGUCUUUCUGACACUCAGUCUUUCUGUCACUCAGUCUUUCUGUCACUCAGUCUUUCUGACACUCAGUCUUUCUGACACUCAGUCUUUCUGUCACUCAGUCUUUCUGACACUCAGUCUUUCUGACACUCAGUCUUUCUGACACUCAGUCUUUCUGACACUCAGUCUUUCUGACACUCAGUCUUUCUGACACUCAGUCUUUCUGACACUCAGUGGGCGUAACCCGCUGUGAAGUCUCAUCUGUGACGUCAUGCGUUCCCUCUAUACGGGGGAUUCCAGCAGAGCGACUGGUGUCACCAGCUCGGAGUUCUGCAGCUUCUACUGGGUCAUGAGUAACGUGAGGAUUGCCCGCUGAUUUCAGCCGACAGGAUGUGUUACAUUUAAUAAUUAGAAUAAUGAUGAGCUAAGUUUUAUUCUUUUCUUGAAGACACCUCCUGGUUCAUUUCUUUAUAUUGUUUAUACACAUUACAAUGUGCUUUAAUGAUUAACAUUUUAGGGUUCCAUGGUAGAAAAUGUUUACAAUUCUUGGAAAAUAUCACUGACCUGUACAGAGAAAAGUGUUUAUGCAAAGAGCAUCUUAAGAUGUCGUCUCUCUGUUUUUUUCUCAAAACCUUCCUUCAGGGUUGUCAAAUCUGACCAGUUUUAUUGCUUUCCUGAAGCAUGAAGGAGAUGUUUUCUACCCGCUGGACGAGCAGGAUGUAUUCAUUUCCUGUGGCAGUCGUUUUGGAGGGGUUUUAUUUAAUUGUAUGAACAUUGUGAACAGCGGUUUUAUAUCUCCAGAGAGAUCAUUGGGCUUUGGUACUAUCAGGUGGAAAAAUAUCCCUUGUCACAAAUACAUAAACCACGAGAGGAUCACGCCUUAGACUGAACAGAUUUAGUUUCAGUUGCAAACAUCCGUUUUAUUCUCGUGCACAUACAAACAAAACAAGCAACUGUACCUUUUUUGUUUUUCAUGUAGAAAUGCAUCUCUACUGUCUCCUACGGUGGCCGACGAGGGCCAAACGCACUGCAACGGCCUAAUGCGUCUCAGUUAAGGAAAACGGCUUCAAGUACAGAAACGAUUCAAAUUCACAAACUCAAAACGAGGUACAAAAAGAGGAACGUGGGGCAAAUGAAAAAACGUGCUGCAAAAAACAAAGACAAAUCUAGCAUCAUCAAACGCUGCAAAUAGAGAAACGAUGCAAAGCACAAAACCAUAUAAAACAAGAAACCAUCUUCAAAAGAAAAACGCUUCAUAACCGGUCACUACUACCGGAAGUGCUCCAAACCUGCAGGGGGCGCUCUAUUUGCACCACGUUCCUCUUUUUGUACCUGGUUUUGAGUUUGAAUUGAAAUCGUUUCUGUACUUGAAGCCGUUUUCCUAAACUGAGACGCAUUAGGCCGUUAGUGUGUUUGGCCCUUGUCGGCCACCGUAGUCUCCUCCGUAUAUUCAGUUCCUCUAGUUGAAGCCACUGGUCCAUCAAAAGUUUGUGAGAACUUGUGACACAAAAGCCAUAAAUUGUGGGCCGUUACUUGGGGGGGUUAAUGAACACUGAAGGAAGGUUAAACUGUUGUUUUCCAGCAGACAUUUGAUGAAACUCUUGGGCCGUUACUGGUUGUCUUCAGGGCUUUAAAGAUGUGCUGCUUAUCUUUGUACAUUUCUUUCCCAGUACUGCUCAGCCUUCCAUUACUGCGUUAUUUCUAAAGCUGAAGUACAAGUUCCCACUUGUUUCCUGAACGUGACCAGUGGUGGAGAGAGAACUGCCCUCCAAAUAUCCGGCUGUUGAUCUGAGCAGUUUCACUUUGAUCAACUUUCUGUUGCAAAAUCUGCAAAGUUCUUUCUCUCCUUGAAGACUUGAGGAUCCCUCAACAUCUGGGUGUUAUGCAGCAGCAGAUGUGGACGGACAGGAAGUCCCUGCAUCACCACCACCCCGGGUCUGAAACGCUGCAGUGCUGCCACUCAGCAGGGAUGUUUACUGUGGCUUUCAUAUCCAUGUACUGGAAGGGUCAAAUCUAUUUCUAGAGUGGAAUUUGGAUUUUAUGCAAACUGUUUUUUGUCCUGUAAUUGAAAGCAAUAAAUAUAAAAAUGGAAAAAACUGACUUUGUACCAAUAUACUUUUUGUUGGAACAUUUUACAGAA